CCCAAUAGUAAUGAAUGGAGAGUCCCCACAAAGAUAAAAUUACAAAUCUGUUUGUGUGUGUGUCUAUGCAGUUCAUCACGUUGCGAAUUACGUUUGUUAUUAAGGUAAGAUCUAGUCAACACAGUGAUUGCCUGCAUUCUGUUUGUUCGCAGGACAGGACAAGAUUAUUUCCGUCGUUAAACAAACUGCUCACUUCGGUCGUCCUUCUUUUGAAAAAAUAACGACUACAGCGACAGCCAUACAGAGAACUAUAGCGCGACUGCGUAACACCCGCAAAAAAAAGCCAAGGAAAUUCCAGACUUCUCUGUGAAUGUACACAACUAAGUUGUACUUUUCGUUCCUGAAAAUACAAGCCACUCCCCAUUUACUGUCACAUAAAAUGUCUCAAGAUCUCGGAUACACUGUUGCAAUAAGUGGUCGUUUCGUAACCGUGGCGCUACUACGGUUAUUUAAGAUGUUUCGCCUUUUUGCGCUGGUUUGUUUUGGCGUCACAUGCAACGCUACACCGACGCGACACAGGAUGUCCGUGAACGACAGACCAAUUAUAGGAAUUCUCGCACAACAAGUAGACGAAACUAUUAUGCAACCAUUUGGAAACAAUUAUAUUCCAGCUACAUAUGUGAAAUAUCUGGAAUCAGGAGGAAGCAGAGUUGUGCCUAUUAGGUUGAAUCGGUCUGAAGCUGAAUAUGAGAAGAUUUUCAACUCAAUAAAUGGGAUGCUGUAUAUUGGCGGAGCUGCAAACCUGGUGACGUCUGACUAUGCCAAAGCAGCUCGUGUCUUCUUCCAGCUUGCACUCAAGGCAAACAAGAAGGGAGACUAUUUCCCUCUAUGGGGGACAUGCAUGGGAUUCCAGCUGCUCACCGUCAUGGUCGCUGGGGAGAACCUGCUGAGCGACACCCCUGCAGAGAACUUGGCCCUACCUCUGAACCUCACCCAGGAAGCUCAUUCCAGCCACAUGUUUAAAGAUUUCCCAGCCAAACUGCUGAAGGCCAUAUCCCACGAGCCUCUGACUGGAAACUUCCAUCACUAUGGAGUCACUGAGACAGCCUUCAGAGGUGAUGAAAAACUGUCACAGUCCUUCUCCAUCCUGUCCACAAAUGUAGCCGAGAACGGAGCCGUGUUUGUUUCCACCAUGGAAGGAAAGCAGUAUCCAUUCUACGGAGUGCAGUGGCACCCUGAGGUAAACCGCUUCCAGUGGCACCCGAAGAAGCAGUUCCCCCAUUCCCCCAAUGCAGUGCGUGUGUCAUCUUUGCUAGCUGAGUUUUUCGUGAAUGAAGCCAGGAAGAGCGCUCACCACUUCACCAGCCCUGAGGAAGAAGCCUCAGCUCUCAUCUACAGCUACACCCCUGUGUAUACGGCAAAUGUCACCUCGUACGAACAGUGCUACUUUUUCUGAGCCAGGGACAGAGAGUGUGCUGUACGUUCUGCCAUUGUUUUGGAUCGAAUGUUCAGCAACUAAUUUGCCUCAAGCACUUAGUACUGCUUGAAUGGGUAGAUUUACAUCUUGAUUGAUAAUGGAAUCAUUAAGUGGACAGAUAGUGUUGUCUGAACGUCAUUACCUCAACCAAUAAAAUUGUUAAUAGUC